GCUCAAUCGACCCGUUUCACUAUCUCACAGACACUCUCCAGUAACCGCCAUGGAGUCGGUCUUUGACGAUUUCAAGGAAGGCCAACGACUCGGGUCCGGUCCCUAUCUCGCCGCCGCCCUCACACCGGUCGCGUCACCGCGUUGUCCCUCUCGAUUGCAAUCGUUCUGCUACUUCUCCAAUGCAGCUCAUAUCUCCCAAGACCUCCGCCACUCCCUCUUUCACAUCGGUGGCGUGAAGAUCCCGAAACAGGAGCAGACAUGGUGGACGGACGUCUUUACAGCCUACUGGAAAGCGGUCGGGGAGAUCGUUCGGAUCGAAGAGCGCUCUUCUCGCGCCAGUUGGGCGAAGGUGUUCGACGCGUGGAAAGACGUAGCCAAUAUCCUGAUAAGGGCAUACUCGAGCUCGGCUUUUCAGGCGUGGACCAUCCCGUGUCUAUAUGUGGUGGGGAAAUACCUGAGGGUCUUCGCGAUCAAGGCCGACGCGGAGCUCUCGUCACAAGACGACGUGGGGUUCGAUCGCUUUCAGGAGGACGUCACGGCGGAGUUUGAGAAGAGUGCCAAAUUGGAGGAGGCUGCUCGUGUGAUCAAUCGGAUGUUCACACUGUGUCUCAGUGACAGGGCGCCGAUCGACGAAUCGCGGAAAUGGGGAAUAUAUAAUACAAUCAAUCUAUUAUUCAAAACAUAUUUCAAGCUCAACUCCGUGGGACUUUCCAAAAGUCUCCUCCGCGCCCUUGACGCAUCGUCCGCAGAUCUCCCCGACCUGGAAUCCUAUCCCAAAUCGCACAUUGUGACUUUCAAAUACUACGUUGGGGUCAUCCACUUCCUCGACGAGAAUUACACAGAGGCAGAGGAACAUCUGACCUACGCAUGGAAACUAUGCCACCGAAAUGCGACGAGAAACAAAGAACUGAUUCUCAUGUAUCUCGUCCCCUGUCACAUCGUCACGACACAUACCCUGCCCAGCAAACAUCUUCUAGCCCAAUUCCCCCGACUCGAGAAACUCUUCCGCCCGCUCUGCAACUGCAUCCGCAAAGGCGAUCUCGUCGGCUUCGACGCCGCAAUGUCAGCCGGCGAAGAAGAGUUCGUCAAACGCCGCAUCUACCUGCCUCUCGAGCGCGGCCGCGACAUCGCGCUGCGCAAUCUGUUCCGCAAGGUUUUCAUCGCGGGCGGAUUCGAGGAGCCCAAAGAGGGCCAGCCCCCGAUCCGGAGGACUCGUAUCCCAGUUGGGGAGUUCGCGGCUGCUCUGCGCAUUGGCACCCAUGCGGAUGCGAAAUCGCGGGUUGACAUCGACGAGGUCGAGUGCUUGCUGUCGAAUCUCAUCUACAAGGGUCUAACGAAGGGCUAUAUUGCCCGUGAACGAGGAAUGGUAGUUCUCAGCAAAGGCGGCGCUUUCCCGGGCACGGGGGUUUAAUCGGUAGCACUACACCGCUUAGGUCAAAGUACCAUUUCAGUCUAAUAGACACGACCGAUCUUCGGCAUUAUAAUCCCCAUGCCACCUUGCAAAAUCCACGACAAACCUGCCAAAUUUUACGUGAGGUCUCGCUAAGAUGACUGGUUCGGCUAUGAGGUGGCGUGCAGAAGUGCCAUCUGCGGGUCAUCAGCGCUCUCUCCCUCCUAUGUGGGGUUAUGCACGACAUAUACCAGAUGCAUACCCAUACCUUUUACCUAGUAUAGCUUGACCGUCAGGUCUGGUUCCACUGUGUUCUGUCUACAAAUAUGGACUAGCCUUUUCGACAUAGG